CCUGUCCUCGACGUUGUGCCGUGCUCUGCAUUUUAUUGUGCUGGGUUCGAUUCUCGUACAAAACAGUUCUACUUCUGGCAAUAGCACAGCUUCCUUCCCGAUCUCUCAUUCCAUUCUAAGUCAACUUCGCAGGCGCAUUCAUGAAAUGGAAACACGAUUAAUGGUCCAGCUGAUCAUUUCUGUCAGAAGGUCACAUCUUCGCUGGGCGGGUUUUUUCCUCCGAAACUUGGUGACAACAUGAAGGAGAAAAUGCGUGCAGAAUUAGGGAAGGAAUCGGCGAGCGAGCACUUGAAAGACAAAGAAGGGACGGCGUGUCACUGUGAGUCAUGGGAACGUUGCUCCUCGUUUUCGCAAACAAACAGCUGGAUCGUGUCGCUCGCAAACAAAACAAUUGAGCGAGGUCUGUGCGCAAGUGUUUCACUUGCCCUCUGUGGUCGCCGUGUCGUGUGACGUACGUCGACAGUAAUCAAAGAGUUUUUGUUCCGUGCGUUCUAUCGCCCGUCGCAACUAACCAACUCAGUGGAACGAUGUCUAAUUCAGAAGCCUUGCAUGCAAUCGCUGAAGACAUGCGUCACGUUUAUCGCCGUCCUACAGGCGCGAGCAGCCGGACGUGUGCCUGCCCUCCGCGUCUCUAUUAGCUCGCGCCUUGUUGCACGUCGGCAGAUCGUGGGACCACUGUGAACCCUCACAAGAGAACCUUUGCCUUAUUUCUCCAAAUUUCAGGACGUAAUUCGUGUUCUCUUGUUGUGGUGACGACGAGGAAGAGUCGAAUAUGAGACUUGAAGCUUCCGGGGCGACGUAACUGAACAAAAUCUUCUCGGGCGAUCAGCGAUCAUUCAGGCACAGGUUAUAAAUACACUUGUGUACGAUUUUCUUUUGUUUGCUGUAGAAAGUACCAACAUGGCGGCAGAGGAUAUUUUGAAUGAAAGGUACAAAUGUGUGACUCGCACAAGAGAUCGAACCCCGGGUCCGUUGGCUUGUCGUCGAGAAUAGUAAGACUAUUUGUAGCUAAUAAUAAUAAUUUUAUAUUGACAUAAUUUUACGUCCCAUGUCUUGUAGAAGUGCGUCUUUAAAAUGUUAAAUUUGAGUAAAAAUUUUAAAACCGCAGCGUUGUCGCUACUUUACAGCGAAUAUUUCACAUUAACUUGUGAUCUAGCAAAACGCUUACCUCUCGUGUGUUCUUAAUUGUGUGUAUACGCACGUACUUUCGAAAAACCGGUGCCCCUUUGACCCUACCACCGUCGAAUUAAAGUGACUUUUACUUCUGUGUGCCGUGUAAUUCGAGGGAAACGCAUCGCGUAGCGUGGGUCUACACAAUGGAACAUUAAGCGGACAAUUAGUACGUCACGUAGCCGCCCCCAGUGCUACCUGCGCAGCGAAAGUCAGCCAGUAUGACGUCAUUUCCUGUGGACCCGAAUGAGGAGACCCAGUAAACAACCUACGCGGGAUUCGAACAGGGAAUGCGUGUCUUUCCAGGCAGACUUGGGCGUUCAUGCGACGCAAUAAUUAUGAGUGUGAGUUUGUGUAAUGGAUUAAACUGGCUAAGGGUGUGGUCCAGCGGCUUGCUCGUACAGGACGGAACAUUUCACUCCCUACGCGACUACCAGCUUCUGAAGAACUCCGAUCCAUGGAAUUAAACGCGUGACACACGCGGAGCACGUCCUGCACGUGUCCACCAGAUUGGCGCUCCAAAAUUACCACCUGCGAGGCGGUGGGCAGCGGCGCACUGCCUGAAUGUCAAUCAGCGAUGGCCCCCGAGCUUAUAAAACAGACGAAGGCCACACGGCGCAGGGAGACGUCAGUCGGGACACCAGAUUCAGGCAUUCUUGUCACACAGCGACCGAAAUCGAGACGACGUCGAGCGCCAUUCCAAACGUUGCUGACGCUGCGGCUGUGUUUUCGUCCUGCGGAUGGCGCUGCUUCUCCUGAUCUUCUUUCUGCUCCUGGGCUACGCACACUUCCGUUUCCGCCGCCGCCGCAUGGAGGCGCUGGCUGCCAAGAUCGCGGGCCCCCCGGCGUGGCCGAUCAUAGGGAACGCCUUCGAGUUCCUGGGUAGUACGCACGAUGUCCUGAGCGCCAUUUCUCGCCUCUUGCGUCGCUACCAGACUCCAACCGCGUUCUGGUUCGGGCCCAGGCUCUAUGUGGCCGUGUCUCGCCCUGCAGACAUCGAGGCGGUGCUGACAAGCCCUCACGCCCUGGAGAAAGACCCCGUCUACCGCUUCCUGGAGCCCUGGCUGGGACACGGCCUCUUCACAGCCCCAGUGUCCACGUGGCGAGUGAACCGGAGACUCAUCAUGCCGACUUUCAACCCGCGAAAUCUGGAGCGGUUUGUGGACGUGUUCAGUGCGCAGACGCAGAUAAUGGUUCAUAAGCUGGCCAAGGAAGUCGGCAGAGGUGCCUUUGAUGUGUUCCGCUACGUGAAUCUCUGCUCACUGGACACGAUUUGCGAGACCGCGAUGGGGCUGGGCGUGCGAGCUCAGGACGACAACAAUUCUGAUUACGUGAGGUCUGCUGAGAGGUUGUCCCAGAUUGUGGCCGUCCGCAUCUUCAAGGCCUGGCUGCACCCCGACUGGGUGUUCAACCUCACGUCCCUCGGCAGGGACCACGCGCGCGAGCUGCGGUACGCGAACCACAUGACCGCCACCGUCGUGCAGCGCAGGAGAUUGGAACACAGCCUCAGAUCGGACGACGACGACGACGACGACGACGACGUGAAGGAUGGCGGCGCCUCGCAGAAAGUGUUCCUGGACCUCCUGCUGGAGCAGACCGGGACGAGAAUGAGUGACCAGCAGCUCAAGGACGAGACCACCACGAUGAUAGUCGCGGGAAAUGACACGACCGCUACGAUGACCAGUUUCGCGCUGCUCGUCCUUGCGAUCCAACGGGCCGAGCAGGACAAAGUUUACGAGGAACUACGCAGGAUCUUCGGGGAUUCGAAGCGAGCGGCUACGUCGCGUGACUUGCGUGAAAUGCAGUAUUUGGAGCUCUGCAUCAAAGAGACCAUGAGAAUGUUCCCGGUGGCGCCACUCAUAGGGAGACGCCUGACUGCAGACGUCCAGCUCGAGGAUGCGGUCGUACCUGCCGGAAGCUCAGUCGUGGUAUGUAUCCAGCACCUCCACAUGGACCCGGAGUUCUUCCCGGAUCCGCACAAAUUCAUCCCGGAGCGCUUUCUCCCGGACAACAAACGUCAUCCUUUCAGCUACGUGCCUUUCAGCGCCGGACCCAGAAACUGCGUCGGUCUGCGCUACGCAAUGUUGCUCAUGAAGACAAUGGUGUCCACUGUGUUGCGUCACUACGAGAUCUCAACACCUCUCAAGAUGGCGGAUGUUCAGCUGAAGGUGGAUAUUUUGCUGAAGUCGGUCCGGGGAUACCCCGUCGUGUUGGAGCCGAGAACCGCCCGCAAUGGAUGCUCCUGACUCCGACGUUACCAUGGAUUGAAUAACACAGCAUAACCGCAUUUUGUAAACACCCGUUGCCUCCUCCUCCUCCUCCAGCUCUAAAUUGCAUUGUCCUUGUUCCAUCUUCCAUCGCGGGUCUCGCAGAGUUCGUUUACCCUACACAAAGCACAGCAAAGCUUGAACUACAACGUAUAGACGCCAUGACAUUGUUACGAAUACUUUUUAAGCAAAUGAAUUCGUAGAAUUCACUGUAUGUCUCUGCAAAGCAUGUGGGAAACCCGUUUUUAGUAUAUUUGUCAUGACAAGGGAACCCGUUUAACUGGCCGUCCACAGGAACUACAACGGCCCACAGUUUUAAAACCGAAAUCAAUUGUCGACAUUUCUUGCACUUGUAAUCGACAGAGAAAACUCGAAACCUCGAGCGUAAAGAGCGCUGAACUCGAACUCGAAAUCGAAAUCGAACUGCUAUGGUGAGUGAUCUGCUUUGCGUUAUUCUAAAUAAUAAAAUCAUGCCGUAGUUAUGCAAUUUUAGAAAACAGUCGCGGUCCUAUUCAGUGCUGUUUAUCUGACGGUGAAAUUUCGGAUUUUGUCCCGACACCAUGAAGUAAAUAGGCGCAUGCGAGAAAUUUGUUUCGACGCAGCAUAAUAGUGAGGUUAUGUAUCGUGUACUGUGCCACUGUGAGGUAAUCUUAAAGCUGUACCCAUUAGGACACGAAAGCCUGUUGCCUGUUGUUCAUUCAGUGGUUGUGGAACGAAUGCUUUUAGGAUCGGUCGUUACUCACCGCGAAACCUUGCGCAUGCGCGUAUAUCGAAUUCCUGGUCUAUGGACUGUAGUACAAGCAACUCAUUUCCACCUCUGACGUAAAGGCGAGCGGAUCUUGAAACUUAACUCAAAGCACUGUCUGGUCCCAUAGUCAAGAAUGCAGUUGGGAUGCCUCCACUCGCACGUACUCAAUUGUAACUUGAUAUGCAAAAAGGUAAUUGUACUUUAUCGUGGCCUUCUGUGUAACUAUUUCCCAUUUGAAAUUCCAUUAUUAUUCAAAUGCGUAUAAAGAGAAGAUGUGUUAUGUGAAAGCUAGUAUUAUUUACCGAGCAAUGAUAAAUUUGUGUUUAAAUAGGUUAUGUUAUAUUCGCUACGAGAGUGACCAAGGGCAGUUUGUCAAGCAAUAUUAAUUACUGAUGACUGUCAGAUUGCAAUAAUAUCUCAGGUGACAAGCCAUAUCAAUUGCAGACAAAAGCCAUGCGUGUUGGAGACCAUCUCUGCCUCCAUCCGCAACUGAUAGGACUUGUUGCCAUGAAAGCUUCAAGUCUUACCUAGCAAACUGGAUUGCAAACUACACAAAAGUGUACUUUGUAAGCAUAAUAGAAACAUAUGGAGUGGAGUACCACCCACCAUGAUAAGAACUGUAUUUUUAGAAACUGGUUUUUAAUUAUUUUCCUUUGAGUAUGUUGUAUAAUGUCAGUCAUUUUCGUCUGCUAUAAAUUCUGUGUCAGUGAACAAUAAACAGGAAGAAGAAACUAGAGGAUGGAUGGAGACAGAACGAGAUAUUUCAAUUUAUUUUUGUGUUGUUAUCAUGUUCCAUUUGUAGUGUCUUCGUAUACUGACAGUAAUCGCAUAGACAUUUUUCUUGUUGUUUUAAUAAUACCUCCUCAAAACAAGGAUUUCAUCUAUUUUUAUGCACUGUUUAACUUGAUAGAAAGAAUGUGGAUGUCUUCUAAUUUUAUAUCCAGUUUCAAGGAAGUAUCAUUGACAUUCUAGUAACUCAAAUAAAUAAGUGGAACUGCGUGCAGAGAGUGAGUGUCAUACAGUUCCAUGUCUUGGUGAGGACACAAAGCACGUGGGAGCCAAGGUUGGUUCUUAACUCUCUGCCUUGUGUUGUCAACCAAUGAGGAGCUGUUCUCACUUAUUGCACUGUGGAUUGUGCAGACUUUAUCCACUGGUAAGUCUGAGGUUAAUGGUCAAUUGGCUUUAGCACAUUCUCUACAAAAUGUUACACUUUACAGUGGCACAGGCGACCAAUUGCUUCUUAUUGGGAAGGGCCAUGUUCGUGCCCAGGCAAGUCCAUGUGGAAUUUCAGGUGAACGAAGUGUCAAUGGGACGGGUUUUCCGCUGUUAGUCUCAUUCCAUUGGACUGUGGGCCCACUUUUACCAAGUCAUAGAUUCCUCCCUCUGCAGUAAUAAUAAACACACUUUAUAAUAUUUGAAAGGAACUUGCGGUAGAAACAUUAUUUUAAAAUAUUGCUCACGGUAUAGUUCGAGGAAGUCAGAAUUUAUACCGAGUUCCAGAAUGACAAGCGUCACGAAAUGACCAAUUAAGUUUCUUCAGGCUGUCGGUGGACGGACUGUCAACCCGACAUUUGAUGGGUCUGUUGUCGUAUCCCAUAUCUUUGCUUCUUGAAUUUCCUGUGUUGCCGUUUUAAUACGUGAUCUGAGGCAAAUCGGUAGCCUUAAUAAUAUGAAAUCAAAAUCUGCGUAUGCAAAGCUCUGUUCAUAAUAGUAUAUUCUAGUAGUGUAUUUUAAAGAAAAUAUAUUACCAAAUUCUACAGUG